UUGCUUUACAAAUAAUUUCUCAUAUCCACAUUUUGCAUUCGGAAAAGUUUUUUAUAAACUAAUUGAGUUAAUUCAAAGUCAUAAUAAAUUCUUAAUAAAAUAAUAAAAAAUUAUACUAGUAAUUAUAGUUAUAGCAUAGAAUAAAAAUAUUUAUCAAGAAAACGAAAAUGGCUGCACAAGUUACGACGAAUAAAUCCGGGUCGGGUUGGCCAAGAAGAGGCAGCCAAGGGCAGCUAGAUGCUAAUAAUGGCCCGCAAAAAUUUAGUGCGAGUCAAUCAUUAACUAUUAACAGAACAAUUAAUUUAUAUCCUUUGACAAAUUAUACGUUUGGUACAAAAGAACCUCUAUUUGAAAAGGAUCCCUCAGUGCCAUCACGUUUUCAACGGAUGCGGGAGGAAUUUGAUCGAAUUGGAAUGAGGCGUUCAGUAGAAGGUAUUUUGUUGGUCCACGAGCAUGGAUUGCCUCAUGUGUUGCUUUUGCAACUUGGAACUACAUUUUUUAAAUUGCCGGGUGGAGAGCUUAAUGCCGGUGAAGAUGAAGUGGAAGGUCUUAAACGUUUGUUGACAGAGACAUUAGGGCGUCAGGAUGGCGUUAAGCAAGAGUGGAUUGUUGAGGACACAAUUGGUAAUUGGUGGCGUCCAAACUUUGAACCUCCCCAAUAUCCUUAUAUUCCGCCUCAUAUAACAAAACCAAAGGAACAUAAAAGAUUAUUUUUGGUCCAAUUACAUGAAAAAGCUUUGUUUGCUGUACCUAAAAAUUACAAAUUAGUAGCAGCUCCAUUAUUUGAAUUAUAUGACAAUUCCCAAGGGUAUGGACCAAUAAUUUCAUCACUGCCACAAGCUCUAUGCAGGUUUAAUUUCAUUUAUAUGUGAAAUGAAAUGAAUUCUACGAGCAGCCCACGUGUGAAUAAAUCUUCAAACACUAAUCGCUCGUAUGAUACCAGCAAUCGAUAACUUGAAGAGUAGUCGUGGAGUUGGUUUCCAAUUGAAAUGAUCAACUUAACUUAAUAUAAUGAAUAUUAAAACGUACUUUUAAAUAAUAAAAAUUGGAAAUAUUUUUAAGAAAAUUUUAUGUAAAAGAAGAUUUUUUGUAUAACUUGUAAUAAGAAGUAGACACGUUUAGGAGCAGCUAAAUUUGGAAUGUAAAAAUCUUUUCUUUUAUUAAAUCCUAAAGCAAAACAUGUACAUCGUUGUUGAGUUCAGCGUAAGACAUGUAAAUAGCAUCGUUACAACAAACAUUGUCUUCAAACUUUACAUAAUUCAUCUGCGCACUAUAUCCUUUAUAGUUAUGUCCAAUCAACUAUUCAUUAAUAUUUAAAUUCUUAUUAUUAAUAGCGUACAAUGGUAUUAAAAUGAAAAACAUAUAAAUAAAAACUGUAUUUAAACUACUUUCAAUUUUAACUUUAAAAUCAAUUAAGACUAAUUUUUAACUUUAACUAUUUAGUUUAUAUUUUCAUAUAUAGUAAUCCACUGAAUUAAAAUAUUAAAAUAAUUCUUCACUUAAAUAUUUGGAUGUAUUAAAUUAAUAUUGUAAAAUUAUUAUUUUAAGUAAUAGGAAAUUAAACACUAGUGUACUCUUUAUUAAUUACUAUUUAUUGAUAUAGAAAUAAAAACUCGUACAUGGCAAUAAUAUGUAUACAUUUUUUUGUGUCGCUAUUUAUAUAUAUAAAGUUUAUCAUAAUAAUUACAUUUAGUUUUUUAAAAUCAUUAAGAUUUUGAUAUCUUGUUUUUUAUAUAUGUUUCAAAAUGUCUUCGUCUACAAAAGUGUUUUUGAUAGCUUUUUGGAAAAUAUAUUGAAGAACGCGCUUUUUAACUUGUGUCAAUGCUUUUAAAUAUGUUAGAUAUAAUUUUUAAAUUCAUAAUAUAUAAUUUUUAAAAAUUUGCUGAUACUGUUGGCGGCUGAAAUAGAAGAAUAAACAUAAUCUAAUAAUGUACAUUUGUAUAUGUAUAAGAUUUACUUGCAUAGUGUUCGAUUGACAAUAUAAUAUAAUACAAUAUUAAAGUGCAUUUUGCUUUAUUAGAGUUUACAUUUUAUAUUACAAAAAUAAUAUUGAAUUAUUAAAUAGCUUUUAAAUUAAACACAAUAUUCGCUAAAGGAGAUUAAAUUAAAAAGUGCAUCUAAGUUUUGUUUUUGUUGAAAUAUAUUUAUUAGGGAUGCUAAUGAUACUCUAAUAUUAUUUUCGUGAUACAUUUUUCUAUCCCUGGAAAGAGUGUCCCAAAUUAGUCACGGAAUUUCUGAGGAAUUAUUAAAUAAUACGAAAAUAAAUCGUCAAUCAAUCAAAGUUUAAUUUGUCACUUUCAAAGUAGGCCGCACUGAGUUCAAUAUGACUAUGUCAGUGACUGCCUCAAUUCUUCAUACAUCAAAGUAUUGUCUUCAACUUCAACGAAUUUACUUGAAUGGUUUUUUCAGCUGGGCAUGGUACUUGGUUGGCAACAUUCGCUGAAUUUUUAUAUACAAACAUUGCUUUGUGUUAUAGCAGAACACUCAAAAGCAUAAUUGCAAAAACAACUUAUGCAAAACCCACUGGAUAAAAGAUAGCGCUUAAAUCUCGCAUAGACAAAACAUUGUAGCAGGUUCUUUUAACCAGAUUUUUCUAAUUUAAAUUCCGUAAAUUACUAACUUGAUCUAAUGGCCUACAACAAAUUAUGAUCUGCAGUAUAUAGGAAAACUAAUAUAAUUAAAUUAAAAAUUCAUAAAUAUCACAAAUUAUUUUUAUUUUUUCUUCUUCCUUCAAAAGCACUUUCAUAUUCAUUAUCCUAACGUAAAAUUGUGAACUUUAUCUACUCAAUUAUUUAAUCUAUUUCUGUUAUUUUCCAUUGCUAACGUUGUUAUUGCAUUCCUUUUUAUUUUCUGUUACUUUCCUUCUUAUUACUGUUAAACGCAUCACUCACAAGCACUAGUGUAUCCCCAAUGUGGAUUAGCAAAAUAAUUUUGUAACAAUUAUCGUAUAUAGAAUAUAUAUAUAUAGCUUCAUGUACUGUGUCUCCUUUUACAAUUUGCACAGCUCAAAGUUAAAGGAAAAUAUCCUAGCAGUUUAUGUGAAAUUAAAUCACAUUUCGAAGGACUUUAUAAAGUGCAAUAUACAGAAUUACGACUAACUAGGACUGUGCAGAAUAAGCACCAGAUAAAUGUAUUGUAUGUAUUCAUAUAAAACCUAAUCCAACGUUUUAAAGUAUUCUAACUACAGUUGUAUCUGCAAAAUUACGCUAAUUGACUUAAAUAAUAUAUGUAGGCUUUUCUAUGGUUUUCUUCAAUACGGUUUACAUAAAACAUCUGCAUGAAUAAAAAUUAUUAUAUUGUUCAACGUAACACUUUUAGAGGAACUAUGUAAUCGUCAAAUAAAGUUGUUAACAAAAUGGCAUUUUUGCAGGUGAUGAUUUACACCUGGUACAAGAAACAAACUUAUCAUCCCAAGUAAACUUUCUGCCCUUGAUGCCCUUGUAUCUCCCGCACUAAAUUAUUCAUUUCUUAUACCGAAAAAUCUUAUUCUGGGUAUAUGCCAUUUUGUUAGGAAACAUUACAUAUACAUAUAUAGCAUUUAAAAUAAAAUAAAUUAUGUAUAAAAUUAAUUUCUGGGU